AUGCCUCCUCGCUCGAGCAAUCACCGCUCAACCUUGUCGCUUCAAAAGACGGAAGUCACAAUCCACGUUUACGAUCUGCUUCCUCCAGGAAGACUCUCUUCGGUUCUCUGGACAGUCGGCGCCUCGCUGCUGCAUUCGGGCGUCGUGAUCAAUGGCAAAGAAUACGCAUACGGCGGCCACGAAAGGCGCGGAAUCACCGGAGUGUACUGGACGAAGCCCAAGACCGAGCCCCCCGGCGGCACCUUCAAGUCGGAGAUUCUCCACGGUUUCACCUUUGCGACCCAGGCCGAAAUCGACGCGAUUCUCGAAGAGGCGUCAAAGGACUUCCUCGGAACCUCAUACAACCUCUUGACCAAGAAUUGCAACCACUUCACGUCGUAUCUGUGUAAGAAGCUGACCGGUCGACCCGGUCCCGGCUGGCUGAACCGAGCUGCAAGCAUCGGAGUCGCAUUGCCCUGCGUCGUCCCCCGGGACUGGAUCGACCCACCCGAAUACGAUACCGCCGACGGCGCGCUCUUGGAGGAGGAGGAUGACCAUGCCCACGAGGGCUCUAGGAUGCUCAAGCAGUCGCCUCCGAGAUUCCUGACUGAGAAUUCCAAGAAUUCCGGAGAUGCCGACUGGGACAGCGAAGAGGAGCGCCGGCGGGGCGGCAACGGGAAGGGCAAGAAGGCUGUCCGCGACACAGGUGGUCGCAAUUUGCCUGCUGCAGAAAGAGCGCCAGACCAGAAAAAGUAG